AUGGUACAUGUAAUUUAUUCCAAAUUAGGUAAUCCUACUUCAAGAAGAAUCAUGGAGAUCGUAUUUGAAGGUAAAUUCGAUAAAGCAUCCCUGGAUGAAGUCAAUUCCAAUAGCGAUGACAAUCCUCUGCUUGCAAGUGCUCAAUUAGAUACGAAGAAUAGCUUCAAGCGGACUUUCGUAAGCUUUUACAAGAAGAUGUCUAUCUACGAAACGUCUACACCACGGUUACCCACAAUUCAACCUGUUUACAAAUCGGAUAUUGCAGAUCCUAGUAUGCAAUAUAUUGCCUUAAAGGAUAUAGGUAAAAAUAUGGACGAUGCUUUUUUAGGAUUCAGUAUGGCUAACCCUAAAGUGAGCUGCGUAACCAGGGACAAGAUUUUAUUUCGGGAAGACUACUCAAAAAUGACCGAUCGAGUGAGGAUAAUUUCAAGCGGUGUGGGGUUCUGGGGGAACGUCGUAGGCCGGGGUAUGCUGACCUGUAUGGUCCUCGGGACCUACGGAUCGCCAAAGACCAGGGUCAUCCAAACUGCCAUCAUGGAGCUCAACAAGACGGCCGACCGUGGCAUCCUCGCCAUCAUCCCCAACAACUUCGACGACAAGAUCAACUGGGGAGUUGCCAUCGCCCGAGCUUAUAGGAAAGGAGUCAAACUACAAAGCAUCACAUUCGGAGAUAACGCCUAUCACGGAUGCAAAGAGGACGAGAGAUCUUGCCUUGCAGGAAUAGUCAUUUGCUACAAACUCGCCGGAGCAAUGUCAGAAGAACUGUGCACCCUCCCGGUUAUCGUAGAUAGAUUGAACAUGAUGUUUUUUUCUACGAUAUCCUGCCAUUUCGGAUUGCCGUUUCGCAUAGGAACUGAUUUGGAAGGUAGAGGCGGGUUCGAAAUGGAAUGUGCGACGAAAGAAAAUGUGAUGAAAGAAGUGUAUUACUCCCUGUUGGAUCCUCGAAGGAAAUACUCAGUGGGCUUUGAUCCUGGUUCUGAGUUCGUUGUGCUGAUCAAUACCUACGAAGCCAAUUGCAAUUUAGCUCAAACGCUAAGCGUCGAAUUGAUAACGAGGCUUCACAAAUAUGGAUACAUUUGUUCUCGUGUAUACUCCGGAAAUCUUGUUUAUUCGGUUAGGCCUGGCUUUUCUGUGACCAUAUUACCUGAAGGAGUUUCGGAUGUAGUAAGAUGGUUGGACCGCUACACCUCUUGCGCAGGAUGGCUGGUCGCUGGAAACGGCAAAGCCCACAAGUAUAGGCUAGGCAGAUGUCCGGAGCUGGCGGACACCAACGGAACGUGGUUCAACGAACGGCAAUCUAACAUGUUAAAAACCGCUGUCGAGUUGGCUGUCACCAACUUCAGAAAUGAAAAAAACUACCUCAACUCGUACGAUCCCAAGGGUAAAUAUGGGACUAAAAUGUGUAAAAUCUGCCAUAUUGUCUUGGAAAAUAUGAAAGCGAAUCCCUUAUUUAUACAGUACCCUUAUAUGCUAUUUUUGAUGAUUGGUGAAACCUUUGAAACCCAUUUUCAAAACAUUGAUGGACUGAUGUUUGCUUUAUUCUCUGUUACACUGGGUCAGUAUUUCGGUGAUCACACAAGGUCACCUAAACACAUAAAUAUGAAAACCUGGGAAAGAGCAUUAAAGAGAAGUGUGAAAGCAGUGGCUGGUUACUUUAAAAUUGGUUAUAAAGAUCACACUCUCCUCGAUAUCUUCGGUUCAUUUUACUUGAUAAUGACUACCUCCAGAUUAGAUAUGUUAACAGAUAUACAUUUGGCAUUAGAAGUGAGUGAUGAGUACUGUUGGAAGGUGAAGUAUGCCAAAGUGAAUAAAAUAAUUGAAUAUCCUUACCUGACAAUGAAAUCAGCUUAUAUCAUGCUUGAUGCUGUUGCAACAAUGUUACGAGGGACUGAUAUUAAUGUGCAACAGCUAGCUCCUGAAGAUAUUGACACUACCCCAACAACUACAGCUACUAAAAUAAAAGAGAUCCUGACUGCUUUUUGA